AUAUAGUUCAAAAUGUGCUAGAUUUGAAGGCCCGUUUAUUAUCUAUUAGGGCUCUUAAAGUGAUUUUAAAACCCACCUCUAGGGUUUUGUUUUGUGUUCCCGUGUCGCGGAAAGGAAAUCUAUCUCCUCUCGCUCUUGCUCACUGCUCAGAGAUAUGGCCAAGUCGAAGAAUCACACGGCGCACAAUCAGUCUGCCAAGGCGCAUAAGAAUGGAAUCAAGAAGCCAAUGAGGCACCGUCACACCUCCACCAAAGGAAUGGACCCUAAGUUCCUCAGGAACCAGAGGUAUGCAAGGAAGCACAACGUCAAGAGCGGCGAGAAUGCUAGUGUUGAAGAAUAGAUCCCUGGAUCGUCUGAUAAGACAUUUUGAGGUUUUUAUACGAGUUUCUGACUUUUUCUCAAUGUAACAUCAGGGAUUUGUCUAUUUCAGAUUCUCUUAUUUUGCGAGUUACUUGUUUUGAUGCAAUUAUUUCACUUGUUCGUUUAGUUUCAUCUA